AUGACGCAAACCUGGCAAUUAGAAUAUUUGAUUUCUAAUUCAAGUAAUAGUGAGUUAUUAACAGCACUUCAAUUACUUGCCCCACGUUCCACUGUUGGAAGUUUGGCAAUGAAUGACAAUUUUGAAGUUGCUGAACUGCAUCAAUUUUUAAUGAUAUACAAGUUAGAGAAUGAAAUAAAUACUGGUGCCGAGGAUUUCCCUGGUAAUCCUUCAAAUUUAGAUAAACUUUUGAGUGACGAUUAA